UCAUCAAGCCAGGGGAUGGCGAGCAGCUGUGAGGAGAAAACUGCUCGAGCAGUCAGACCAGCUAGCGUCAAAGGGAGACCACAUGAGAGGAGCUGGCAAAGCUCAUUUGGGCCUGGUUUGGGUCAGCAGGGAUCGCUGGACCUGAAUCCGGACACAGACUCAGUUUCAGGAAGGACUUUGCCUGUUUUUUUACUUCGCCAAACCUACAAAAAAAAGAUGCAAACUAUCAGGUCUAUGUUAAGUCCCAAGUGGUCGUCAGAUGUGCGUCUGGAGGGCAAGACGGCCAUAGUAACUGGGGCAAACUCCGGAAUAGGCAAAGAAACGGCUAAAGACCUGGCUGCUAGAGGUGCCCGAGUGGUUUUGGCGUGCCGAGACACGGCGAAAGGAGAGCAGGCUGCGUCUGACAUCACGAGGGAGGUGAAUGGAGCCAAGGUGGUUGUCAGGCAGCUCGAUCUGGCUGACACCAAAUCCAUCUGCCUGUUUGCUGAGACUAUCUAUAACACUGAGAAGACCGUUAACUACCUCAUCAACAACGCAGGCGUGGCUAUCUGUCCUUACGCAAGGACGGUGGAUGGAUAUGAGAUGCAGCUUGGAGUCAAUCACUUAGGUCAUUUCUUCUUGACUUUCCUGCUGCUCGACUUGCUGAAGCACUCGGCCCCGUCCCGGGUCGUCAACGUGUCGUCCACGGUUCACGCCAUGGGCAAGAUCCAGUUUGAUGACCUGAACGGGGAUAAAGAUUACCAUCCUGUCAGGGCCUAUGCUCAGAGCAAGCUCGCUAAUGUGCUGUUUACCCGAGAGCUGGCCAAAAGGACUGAGGCACAAGGUGUAAUGGCUUUCUCCGUGGACCCUGGCAUUGUGAACACUGACAUUACAAGGCACAUUAGGCGCCCCCUUGUGGACCUAGCGAAGAUGUUCAGUUUCUUGAUCAGGACCCCAGCAGAGGGCGCCUCCACCACCAUCUACUGCGUCGUUACUCCGGACAGUGAGAUGCUCACCGGUGGAUUCUACAAGGACUGUGCCAGAGCGGACAGCUGCAGGGCAGGUGAGGAUGAUGGUGCGGCUUUGAAGCUGUGGGCUGUGAGCUGCCACCUGCUGGGCAUCCGUUGGAGAUAAAUAAUCUGCCUGCAUGCUGUGCAGAAGAGUUCAGACAUGCUUUGGAGAUGCCCUUUUCGUUUUGUGCACAAGAUGUUUAAGCUCCUUCGGCAACUUUGCAUGUCGCUCACAAUGUCUGCGUGACAAGAGAAAUUGACCUGUGAUAAAAUCAUUGUAAAAGUUUGAACUUUAAAAUGACAAAGCGCAUAAAAGUGGAGAUGGGAUGAGAUGAAAUGACAUUUUAUUGAAUGACAUAAUGAUGGCCUAUCGGAUGCGAUACAAUAAAAUCUAAUGUUCUCGUGC